AUGGGAGAAGCAAACGGUGAGAUGAAUGAUGGGUGGAGUGCGAUGCGAGAUGGCAUGAUGCCUCCCUCCUGUCCUCUGUUCACCUCCUUUCCUAUAUGCCUGCUUCUCUGUCUCCUUCAGUGCAACUGUGUUAAUCCACCUUCUGGUUCUUUCCGACCUGUGCUUCCUGCCUCCGAUUUCUUUCGCCCGGCUGCCCUCUCUGCCCACUUCCUCUUAUUCCGUCCUGCUGUCACACUCCCCUCCUUCCACUGCUACUUCCACUUUUCCACUCCGUCCUCUGCUACUGUUCCCCUCCCCCCCUACCCCCCCCCCCCCUCCUCCCCACCCCCUCCUCCCCUCCCCCCCCCGGUUCUUCCCCCGUUCCUCCCCCCCGCCCCUUCGCAUUGGGCCCGCCCCAUCAGCCAUGGCUCGGAUGACUGCAGUGGCCAUGCUGCUGCCAGGUGCAGUUCAUCUACUCGUGCUGUAUUCUGCCAUCACUACUCUUGGAACGCUGCUGUGGGGGAUGGGCGUGACCCACACGCAAGUCAGAGCAUGGGUGCAUCAGCAGGGCUUGGCUGUGACGGCUGGGCUGAUGAGGCUGAAGAGUGCAACCAAGCCCCUCGUGGUAUGUCAUGUUCUCUGCCCCCUACCACUGCAUCUUUGCUUUUGGACCAAUGUUUUCUCUUUUUUUUUCCGACCUCACGGCAUUCAUGGUCAUGCAUGAUCCCCAUGCCGCUGCACGUCCCCCUCCUGGUCGUCAUCCUCCUCUCUGUUUCACUCCCUUCACCGCUCCUGCCUUUCCUUUUCGACUCUGGCCAUGCUGCAGUCACGUGGAAUCUCCCCUCUGCUGCACAGCCUCAUGGAGUGUGUGAGGCUGUCAUGGCGAGUAAGGCCGGAACACACGAGUUGAGUGAGGCGAUGGAGAUGAGGGUGAGGGCGCUUGGCGUGCAGCUGGAAGAGACAAAGAAGGAGUUGGCAGCAGCCAAGGGGGAAUUGGAGGAGGCUGAGAGGAGGCGAGUGGCAAAUAUGGAGGAGAGAGAUAGGAAUUUGGUUGCAGUGCAGGGAGAGGUGAUUGCUGUGAAAGGGGAGCUGAAUGCAAUGAGGGGACAGAUCCAUGAGUAUAUUGACGCUAUGGAAGAGCAACGGGAGCUCAGAGGGGAGUCAAGGAAGGAAGAGUGCGAGAUAAGGGCGGAAUUGGCAAGGGAGAGGGAGGAGGAAAGAGGUGCAGGAAGUGGAUUGGCCACGUGCCAUGGAGGAAUUGACUGCCCUGAAAGCAUGGCGGAGGAUACAAGAUAUGAAAGUGAAUGUUGA